AUGGAUAACGCAGCAGCAGCAUCAACAAACAAGAAGAGAUCAUUCAUGACAACUAUUCGUUCGAUGUUUCACUUGCCCAGCUCGGUCAAGUCAAAGAUUGUAGUGGCAGCCAACGUCACCUUCUUCUCAUUGCGUUGGGUGAUGAACGCAGCAUGGAUAGCCACCACUCUUGCCAUUCUAGUCAUUGCACCAUUGUCAAGAUGUAUCGAGUACGAGCGUGCUGUUCGUCGUAUCGACAGGAAGAAUGCUGGUCGUGCUGGUCCAGGUCAGACUGCACCAAACAACAGUAACAUUGCCAACGCACUUCCACAAGGACUAUAA